AUGGAUGCGACAAUUGCACAAGAGGCUCAAGACAUCGAGAAUGAAUACCUUAGCGGAGCGAGGAAGGAGAGCGAGGGAAGUCUGAAGCUCCGAGUCUACGAUUUGUGGCGACGUGCUCGCAAUUGGCACACCAUUACGGAGCUCAACCGGCGCUACCUUCAACGCAGACUGCCUGUUUGUCCGAGCUACGGAAUGGCCCCCGACAGUGAGACUGAUAGUUUUACGAGCCUUCUUCGUCUUCAUGACUAUGGAAUCAUUUCAACAAACUCAUGCCCGGGAUGGCAGAGAUCCCAGUCGGACACUCAGCACCGGGGUUUCGGCCCCGUUCGUCAACGCGCCUACAUGUUUUUCAGCAUCCCAACUCUUAAUUCUGAGACAAUUACUUCCGAGGCGCUGUCAGUCUUUAUCGAGAACUUGUUGUCCGCUCCGGAGGUGUAUGCUUACAUCCGCUUCCAAUACGAUAAUGCACCGAAUGGAGUUGAACGACUCCCGGAGAUUAACCACCUGAUGGGUGAAUACGGCAGCUGUAGCAGUCUUCCAGCAUACGGCGAGCGCUUGUGGAAGAAAGAGGAGUGGGAUGUGGAUGAUGGCACUGUCUAUUUCGUGAACGAACAGAAGCAAUCUUCCCAACAAUGGGUGCAAUCAGGAAUCUACGGCAUAGUGACGAGUGGCUCAACUUUCCACGACGCAGCCCCGCCCUUGCCAGCCAGCCACGCAGCUGAUCCUCUACAAAUCGCCGUAGUAGCCAGAGACUGGGAUUUCAGACAGAUCGGGGAGUUACUUGAGAGACUGCUUAACGAGUCAGGAAUCCGAGCCGCAUACAUAGCCGACAAUUGA